AUGAAGUAUUCGACUUUAGCUUGGCUUGUUAUAGCAUCAUAUACAGUAUUUGCUCAAGAUGGUACAUCUGUGACCGGAUAUACCACGACUAUAGUGAUUCCUGGCUCUCCUCCUGCUGGUGCAGGUACGGCACACGGUGAUACAGAGAAUACGGGAACUGUUCAUACAACUGAGCACUUGACAGGAACUGAAGAAACACAUACAACUGGUGCUACACCAGAAACAACAACUAUUGUUGCUCCAACCACUACCCAUGAGAAUACAACUACUCAUGAGACGUCAGUCGAAAAUACAGCAACCGUUCAUCAUAAUACAACCACACUUCACCAUAAUACAACCACAAUUCAUCCAAACGCCACUGGAACUGAAACCCAUACUGAAACUGGAACUGGUACCUUAACAGGCACCGGAACCGAAGGACCAGCACUUACAACAACAACUGUUGCUGAAGCCUUCUCAUUGGCUGCUGGUGCAUCUUUGGGAUAUUUGGUUGCCUUAUUGUUCUUAUAG